CUCGGCGCUGCUUUCCCUGGGCGAGCGGCUGCCGCUGGCCGCGCCGCGUUGCAGGCGAGGAAGCGGGAUCCAACAGGUCGCCUGCCCGGGCGGAGGUUCCCCCGGUCCCCGGUAAAGGGCCCGCUCCCCAGCCAGCCAGCCAGCCGGCCAGUCCCGCCCGGGGUGCGCGAUGCGGCGUCUCUCGCGGCUCCUGAGCCUCCUGCCUUGUCCGUCCCGCAGGCCAAAAUCCUGAGCAUGAUGGAGGGCAACCAGCAGCUGGCCCUGCGCAUCGACGGAGCCCUCCAGGCGGCCGGGCAGGAGGUGAGCGCCUUGCGAGCCGAGCUGACAGCCACCAGCCGGAGACUGGCCGAGCUCAGCGCCUGCUCCGGCGCCGGAGGAGGAGGCGGAGGAGGAGGAGGAGGCAGCGGUAGCAGCAGCAACAGCAGCCCCAACGCCACGGAGAUGGCCGCGGCCGGCGGCGCCAUGGAGAACAGCCAGCCCAGCCUGCAAGUGCUUCUCCGGGAAGAGGUGUCCCAGCUUCAAGAGGAGGUUCACUUGCUCCGGCAGAUGAAGGAAAUGCUAACGAAAGACCUGGAGGAGACCCACGGCGGCAAGUCGACGGAGAUCCUCUCGGCCACUGAGCUCAAGGUCCAGCUGGCACAGAAAGAGCAGGAGCUUGCUAGAGCCAAAGAAGCCCUCCAAGCCAUGAAAGCUGAUCGGAAGCGUUUGAAGGGGGAGAAGACCGACCUGGUGAGUCAGAUGCAGCAGCUCUACGCCACCCUGGAAAGCCGGGAAGAGCAGCUACGGGAUUUCAUCAGGAACUACGAGCAGCACAGAAAAGAAAGCGAAGAUGCGGUCAAAGCUCUUGCGAAAGAGAAAGAUCUGCUGGAGCGGGAGAAGUGGGAGUUACGCCGGCAAGCCAAAGAUGCCACGGACCACGCCAGUGCUCUUCGGUCGCAGCUGGACCUGAAAGACAACCGAAUGAAGGAACUGGAAGCUGAGCUAGCCAUGGCAAAACAGUCCUUAGCAACGCUGACCAAGGAUGUACCCAAGCGGCAUUCUUUAGCCAUGCCCGGGGAGACGGUGCUCAACGGAAAUCAGGAAUGGGUGAUGCAGGCCGACCUCCCGCUGACAGCUGCCAUCCGACAGAGCCAGCAGACGCUGUACCAUGGCCACCCCCAGCACACGGUAGACCGUCAAGCGGUCCGCGUGAGCCCGUGUCAUUCCCGACAGCCUUCCAUCAUCUCUGAUGCGUCGGCAGCAGAAGGCGACCGGUCGUCCACGCCGAGCGACAUCAACUCCCCGCGGCACCGAACGCACUCCCUCUGCAAUGGAGAUAGUCCUGGACCAGUACAGAAAAACUUGCACAACCCAAUUGUCCAGUCUCUAGAGGACCUCGAAGACCAAAAACGGAAAAAGAAGAAAGAGAAAAUGGGUUUCGGAUCCAUCUCCCGCGUGUUUGCCAGAGGGAAGCAACGGAAAUCGCUCGACCCCGGGCUCUUCGAUGGUACCGCCCCCGAUUAUUAUAUCGAGGAGGAUGCCGACUGGUGACGGCCUGCCUCUCCCGCUCCCGCUUCUGGUGUGCGUGCGUGUGUGGGAGUGUCUGUGUGCGCAAGCAAAA